AUGACUGUGAAAUCAAUGUACGGUGAGCUUCCAGAAGUUGAAGUCGAUCCAAUUAUCAAGAUCAUGGGUAGAUACCAUAACGACCCUACUCCAGACAAGAUUGACGUUAGUAUUGGUGUUUACAAGUCCGAAGAAGGUGGUCCAUAUGUUUUCCCCUCUGUUGUCAAGUCCAAGGAAAUGCUUGCCAAGAACGACCCGGGCCACAACUACACCAAUAUGGCAGGUAUUCCCGAAUAUACCAAAGCUGCUCGUGAAGUUAUUUUCGGAGAAACCAUUGCUAAUGAGGGCAAAAUUGCAUCUCUUCAAACCAUUUCCGGAACUGGUGCCGUGCAUAUGGCAUCCCUUUUCACUGCAUCGGUUGGUCUUAACAAUUAUUACGUAGGAACCCCAUUCUGGAGUAACUAUCAACCAACCAUUGAACACGUUGGUGGUAAGGUCAACACCUACAGACAUUAUGAUCCUGAACUCAAACAAGUUGACUUCAAGUCCACUCUUGAAGCAUUGAACUCUGCUCCAGCCAAGUCUGUUUUCUUGCUCCAAGCAUGUUGUCAUAACCCAACUGGUGCUGAUUUUUCUCAAACUCAAUGGAAGGAAAUUGCAACCAUCAUGAAGGAACGCGAAUUAUAUCCAUUUUUCGAUAUUGCAUACCAAGGUUUUGCUAGUGGUGACAAGGAUGUCGAUGCCUGGCCAAUCAGAUACUUCUACGACUUGGGUAUGGAAUUGUUAGUGUGUCAAUCAUUCUCAAAGAACAUGGGAUUAUAUUCUGAAAGAGUUGGAUGUUUACACGUUGUUUCAAAUGAUCGUAGUGCCUUGGAAAAGAUUCAAGGACAAUUGGUAACUUUUUUCAGAAUGGAAUGUUCCUUUGCCCCAGCAUGGGGUGCUAGAGUUGCAGCUGGUAUUAUGAAUAAGCCAGAAUUGAAACAACUCUGGGAUCAAGAUGUUUUGGACAUUACCACUAGAAUGAAGAGUCUUAGAAAGUCUGUGUUGGAAAAAUUGACUAAAUUGGGAACCCCAGGUAAAUGGGACCAUGUUCUUCAUCUGAAUGGGUUAUUCUGGUACUCUGGAUUAACCGAGGAACAAGUCGGUAGAAUGAUUGAACAAGAACACGUUUACAUGACAUUCACUGGUAGAGUUAACAUUGCUGGUUUAAAUAAUGCUAACAUGGACCAUUUCUGUGAAUCUCUCGAUCGUGUUGUUAGAGAAACUAAAAAUUAA